AUGGCCGCGGCCCCCGUGCCCCUGCUCGCGGGGCGGCGCCGAGCGGGACGCCAGGCGGAGGGCGCCCGCCGGCACCGGAGCUGGAGCCGAGGCCGGGGCCACGGCACCAGCAUGGAGCAGGGUGGCCGCCGCCGAGCCUUCGGCAGCAUUUGCCCCAACACGGUCCAGGGCCCGCCAGCCCGCCUAGCCAAGAAGCCGGCCCGGCCCGGCGGGGUCACGGCGUGGACGCCCCCGGCCGCCCUGAGCCCCCGAGCUCCUCCGCCCCGUCCGCGCCUCAGCGGCACCUCGCCGGCCCCCGCCGCGCCCGCCCUCGAUGUAUCCACCUUGAUGCCACCACCACUGGACUGUACUGAUUAUGAUUUCUCACUUGGUGAGGAGGUGGCUUUUGGCCCUGGCACCCCGCAGCUGCAGAGUAGUGUGCAGGUGCCCCCACAGCACCUGUCUUCUCCUGAGCACUGCUGGAGGGACUUGGCAGACCAGCACCAGCAAGCAUUGGGAGACGCCCUGGAAGCAAACAGCCAGUUGCAGGAGACCCUCACACAGAGGCAGGAAGAGCUGGUGACACUGCGAGAGAGCAACGUGCAGCUGAAGGAGCUGGCAAGUCAGGCCAGGCAGCUGGCAGCUGUCCUUGACGAUGGAGCAGUGGGGCACAGAGUGGUGCGGGAAAGGACGGGGCUGUGCGCCCCACAUCGCGGAAAUCGCUCUCCCUCUCGCCGGCAGACGCUGAUGCUCCCGCAAAGCGCCGAAGGGACAGCCCUUCCUCCUCCUCCUCUUCAUCCUUUACCUUCUCCUCCCGCCGCUGCCCCGGCCGGGACCAGCCAGGAGGAUGCGGAGGGCGUGGACGCCAUGCUGCGGUCCGUGUCGGAGAAGUGCCGCGCCGCCCUGCGAAGCCUGGGGGGCAGCGCGGGGGACAGGCCAGGGGCCAGCCCCAGGGCCAGCCCGGGACACAGCCCGGGAGGCAGCCCCACAGCCAAGCGCCCACGGCCGGGCCCGCGACUGCACGGCGCCUUCCGCGGGCUGCGCACCGGCCGCGCCGCCCCGCGCCCGGUCGGCAGGGAGCUGGAGGGGGGCGGCAGCCUGCGGGCUGCCCUGGGGGAAGCGGGAGCCAUCCGCACCCUGGCCUUCCCGCAGGGAAACGCCUUCACCCUCCGCACCGCCGCCGGCGGGCACCGCUUCCGAUGGGUGCCGCGCUGA